UCAUGCCCGAAUGGAAGAGGAGAUGAGGGACAGGGUGUGACAAAAUUGUGUCCCUGAGACAGUCGACAGUCACAUAGAUUUGUCAGCUGUUUGCCACUGUUGGUUUAUACAAUGAGAAGCAUCUGAGUCGCCACUGUCCGAUCGGACGGAAGAGCCAGUUUGUGUAUUACAACCCCAAGCUUCCAUAGAUUCUUAUCAACUGUGGCUGAGAGGAAUCUAUUUAUUUUGGACCAUGCACUUUACAUGGAGAAGAUGAUCUGCAGGAUCCUGCUGCUCAUCAGCCUCAACUGUGUCUGUGGAACAUUUGUAGUGAAUGUGACACAGACCUCCUAUCAGGCAGAGGAGAACCACAACAUCACACUGGAAUGGACGUUCACAACCACAGCUGACACUUUGCCUGACUCCCUAUUUGUCUUCUGUGAGAUGGCAGCUGAUGACAAAGUCUCAGUCCUGUUUGAACUACGUGGAGGUGUUGUGGUCCCAGAGUCUCGGGAUCAACAGUUUGUAGGACGAGUCCAGUGGGACAAAGACGUCCUCAGAGACGGACGACUCAGACUUCAUGUGUCCAGACUCAGGACUGAGGACUCAGGCCGGUACCUGUGUGAUGUGAAGACAAACUAUGGUGUGGACUUUGGUGAAUGUCGGCUCAAUGUUUCUGCAGCGAGGGAUUGGCCCAAACCUGAGAGACCCAACAGUGAGAGAGCGAACAGGGUCAGUUGGGGAAUGAUCGUCCUCUACUGUCUACUGGGACUUAUAACAGCAGUGGUCAUUGUGUGUUUUCUUUAUCACCUGUGUUUAUUCACUGUCUUUUCUAAGAAACAAAGUCCAUUGAGGAAAGUUACAGCUCAGCAGCAAGUUGUUUGAUCCACAACUUAAUGAUUCUUAACAACAAUGAUAGCUGAACAGGGUCAGUUGCUGUGGACUGACAGCAGCAGUGGGUGUUGUGUGGUUUCUUUGUUGCCUUUUAUUUAUUCACUGUCUAAGAAACAUGUUGACCUUGUACAGCACGUGUAACGACUCUGCAUUUUAUGUUGUUUUUCAUUCAUAGCUCUGAAUUGGCCCUUCAUAAGAUAUGACAUUAACAUUGACAGUAUGUCCCUUAUAUCCUGUACAGUGGAACCCCGAUUUACGAAAUGAAUUCGUACCAGAGGGUCUUUCGUAAGUCAAAAUUUUCCUAAGUCGCAGCACCUUUUUCCCUAUAAAUAGCCUAAUUCGUUCUAGGCCCCCUACCAGUCGUGUAUUUCUUCAACAAAUAUGACUUGAUAUUUGAAAAAAAACACUAAGAAUGUU